ACCCAGGUGGCGGAGGGAGGGAAGGCAGUAAGACAAAGACCUGUGAUACAGAGGAUAAGAAAGAAGGAAAAUUAAAGAGAUAGACCAUCUUGCUCUGAAGCUAUUUGUACAAAGGUUACUUGUCUAUAUCUACAUAACUAUACCAAGCUACCUAGUCUGAUGAAGUUGAACUUCAUUCUUCAAGUGUGAUUUACUCAAUACAGCCUAAAGUCAUGAUGAAAAAGAAGAACAUAUCUGCAAGCAAAGCUUCCUUGGUCCUCUUUCUGUGCCAAAUGGUUUCUGCAUUGGAUGUACCUCUUGACUCAAAACUUCUAGAAGAAUUGUUGCAACCUCCUACGAUAAUUCAGCAAUCUCCAAAAGAUUACAUUGUUGACCCUCGAGAGAAUAUUGUAAUACAGUGUGAAGCAAAAGGAAAGCCACCUCCUAGCUUCUCCUGGACACGCAAUGGAACUCAUUUUGAUAUAGAUAAAGAUGCACUGGUAACAAUGAAACCAAAUUCAGGGACCCUUGUUGUAAAUAUUAUGAAUGGUGGGAAGGCAGAAGCAUAUGAAGGCGUAUACCAGUGUACAGCAAGGAAUGAACGAGGAGCAGCCAUUUCCAACAAUAUUGUUAUAAGGCCUUCUAGAUCUCCUUUGUGGACGAAAGAAAAACUAGAACCAAAUCACGUUCGAGAAGGUGAUUCACUAGUACUACACUGCAGACCUCCUGUUGGCUUGCCACCACCUAUAAUAUUUUGGAUGGAUAAUGCUUUCCAAAGGCUGCCUCAAAGUGAAAGAGUUUCCCAAGGUCUAAAUGGAGACCUUUAUUUUUCAAAUGUACAACCAGAAGAUACCCGGGAGGACUAUAUCUGCUAUGCAAGAUUUAAUCAUACGCAAACUAUACAGCAGAAACAACCCAUUUCUGUAAAAGUCUUUUCAAUGGAUUCAUUGAAUGACACUAUAGCUGCUAAUUUGAGUGACACUGAUAUUUAUGGUGCGAAGCCAGUUACAGAGAGGCAGCCAGUUCUUCUAACACCAACAGGUAGCACAAGUACCAAAGUGGAACUCAGAGGAAAUGUGCUUUUGUUGGAGUGCAUUGCAGCAGGAUUACCCACACCGGUAAUCCGCUGGAUUAAAGAGGGUGGGGAACUGCCAGCCAACAGAACAUUUUUUGAAAACUUUAAGAAAACUCUCAAGAUUAUAGAUGUUUCUGAAGCUGACUCUGGGAACUACAAAUGUAUAGCAAGAAAUACAUUAGGUUCUGCUCAUCAUGUCAUUUCAGUAACUGUAAAAGCUGCCCCAUACUGGAUAACAGCACCCAGAAACUUGGUCUUAUCUCCUGGAGAAGAUGGGACGUUGAUCUGCAGAGCUAACGGCAACCCAAAGCCUGAUAUAACCUGGUUAGCAAAUGGUGUUCCCAUAGCAAUUGCCCCAGAAGAUCCUAGCAGAAAGGUAGAUGGUGAUACCAUUAUUUUCUCACAUGUGCAAGAAAGGUCAAGUGCUGUCUAUCAGUGCAAUGCUUCUAAUGAAUAUGGAUACUUGCUCGCAAACGCAUUUGUGAAUGUUCUGGCUGAGCCACCAAGAAUUCUAACUCCUGCUAAUAAACUGUAUCAAGUCAUUGCAGAUAGUCCGGCGUUGCUAGACUGUGCUUAUUUUGGUUCACCUAAGCCUGAAAUUGAAUGGUUUAAGGGAGUGAAAGGUAGCAUCUUGCGUGGAAAUGAAUACGUUUUCCAUGACAACGGAACCUUGGAAAUUCCAGUGGCUCAAAAGGAUAGUACUGGUACAUACACAUGUGUAGCAAGGAAUGAAUUAGGAAAGAUACAAAAUGAAGUGCAACUGGAAGUUAAAGAUCCAACAAUGAUAAUUAAACAGCCAGAAUACAAAGUGAUUCAGAGAUAUGGCCAAGUCUCAUUUGAGUGUAUAAUAAAACAUGAUCCCACCUUAUUACCAACAGUUGUAUGGUUGAAGGACAAUGAUGAACUGCCAGAUGAUGAAAGGUUUCUAGUUGGUAAAGACAACUUGACCAUUAUGAAUGUAACUGAUAAAGAUGAUGGAACAUACACUUGCGUAGUUAAUACUACUCUGGACAGUGUGUCAGCAAGUGCUGUGCUUACUGUUGUUGCUGCUCCCCCAACUCCAGCUAUCAUUUACGCUCGGCCAAAUCCACCCUUUGACUUGGAAUUGACAGGUCAGCUAGAAAGAAGCAUUGAACUCUCGUGGGUACCAGGAGACGAAAACAACAGCCCCAUUACAAAUUUUGUGAUUGAAUUUGAAGAUGGGCUGCAUGAACCAGGGGUAUGGCAUUACCAGACGGAAGUUCCUGGAACUCAGACAACAGUACAGUUGAAGUUGUCUCCGUACGUCAACUACUCAUUCCGUGUGAUAGCUGUCAAUGAGAUUGGCAGAAGUCAGCCGAGUGAACCAUCUGAGCAGUACCUGACAAAAUCUGCAAACCCUGAUGAAAAUCCUUCUAAUGUACAAGGGAUAGGCUCAGAACCUGAUAAUUUGGUAAUAACAUGGGAGUCUUUAAAAGGUUUUCAGUCUAAUGGACCAGGGCUUCAGUACAAAGUCAGCUGGCGUCAGAAAGAUGUUGAUGAUGAAUGGACAUCUGUUAUAGUUGCAAAUGUAUCCAAAUAUAUUGUGUCUGGUACACCAACCUUUGUUCCCUAUGAAAUAAAAGUACAAGCUUUAAAUGACCUGGGAUAUGCACCAGAGCCAUUAGAGGUGAUUGGACAUUCCGGGGAAGACUUGCCAAUGGUUGCUCCAGGCAAUGUGCAGGUUCAUGUUAUUAACAGCACAUUAGCAAAGGUGCAUUGGGACCCAGUUCCACCAAAAACUGUCCGAGGACACCUUCAAGGGUACAAAGUUUACUACUGGAAAGUGCAGAGUCUAUCCAGAAGGAAUAGGCGGCAUGUAGAAAAAAAGAUCUUGACUUUCAGGGGAAACAAGACUUUUGGAAUGUUGCCAGGCCUGGAGCCCUAUAGUUCUUACAAGCUGAAUGUUAGAGUUGUUAAUGGUAAAGGAGAAGGACCAGCAAGCCCAGACAAAGUAUUUAAGACCCCUGAAGGAGUUCCUAGCUCACCCUCCUUUCUGAAGAUUACUAACCCAACAUUGGAUUCUCUGACUCUGGAGUGGGGUUCACCUACCCAUCCAAAUGGUGUUUUGACAUCAUAUAUACUGAAGUUUCAGCCAAUUAACAACACGCAUGAAUUAGGUCCCUUGGUAGAGAUAAGAAUACCUGCCAACGAGAGCAGCUUGAUAUUAAAAAAUUUAAAUUACAGCACACGAUACAAGUUUUACUUUAAUGCACAAACUUCAGUUGGAUCAGGAAGUCAGAUAACUGAGGAAGCAGUAACAAUUAUGGAUGAAGCUGGUAUUCUCCGUCCUGCUGUAGGUGCAGGCAAAGGAUAUUCAGAAACCCUUUUUGCAACCUCCCCAGUCAUGCACAUUGUCCGUCCAACAUUCUAUAAGGUGCAACCACUUUAUCCAAGGAUCAGAAAUGUUACAACAGCAGCCGCAGAGACCUAUGCCAAUAUCAGUUGGGAGUAUGAGGGACCAGAUCAUGUGAACUUUUAUGUUGAAUAUGGUGUAGCAGGCAGCAAAGAAGAUUGGAAAAAAGAGAUUGUAAAUGCUUCUCGAAGCUUCUUUGUGUUAAAGGGUUUAACACCAGGAACAGCAUAUAAAGUCCGGGUUGGUGCUGAGGGCCUGUCUCAGGGGCCUGGUGUUAGGAGUUCAGAGGAUGUGUUUGAGACAGGUCCAGCAAUGGCAAGUCGGCAGGUAGACAUCGCUACUCAAGGAUGGUUCAUUGGCCUUAUGUGUGCUGUUGCUCUUCUGAUCUUGAUUUUACUGAUUGUUUGCUUCAUAAGGAGGAAUAAGGGUGGAAAAUAUCCAGUGAAGGAAAAGGAGGACGCACAUGCUGAUCCAGAAAUACAACCUAUGAAGGAAGAUGAUGGAACAUUUGGUGAAUACAGGUCUCUUGAAAGCGAUGCAGAGGACCAUAAACCUCUAAAAAAGGGAAGCCGGACACCUUCAGACAGAACUGUGAAAAAAGAAGACAGUGAUGAUAGUUUAGUUGACUAUGGAGAAGGUGUAAAUGGUCAGUUCAAUGAGGAUGGCUCUUUUAUUGGACAAUACAGUGGUAAAAAAGAGAAAGAACCUGCUGAAGGAAACGAAAGCUCUGAGGCUCCUUCUCCUGUAAAUGCCAUGAAUUCAUUUGUGUAACCAGAGAACUCGGUCCCCUUGUAUCUUCAGUUUGUUUAAAGCACUUGUACAUCCUCCUUCUCAUACUAUGAACAUGCAGGUAACGGGGCGCCUCACCACGAGAUGUUUAUGCUAUGAGAACAUGCAGGGCGAUACAAUCACACAGCAUCAUGACACAUUAAGUGGUAUGUUAGUACAACUCAAAAUACAAAAGUCAAAUUUUGUUCAAAACUUGGGUAUUUUUACUUUUUUAGAAGGAACUGACACAAACAGUAACAUCGACUUCUAAUUUUGUUUCCUGUUGAAAAUACAGUGUAAUGCAUGGAAAAAAAAAAAAAGCUCCACAAUUCACAAAUGAUUUCGUGUACACUCUAAAAACAUGGUUUGACGAUUUGUUCUGCAGUCCUCAGCUGAAUCCCUGGGUAUGAAUUCCGUUUUCAUUGUCAGAGUGUUAUAGUAGUAUUAUAUAGAACUUCAAUGUCUUUGUGGACAUUGUUGUGAAAUUGGUGACUUAAUGUCUAGCUAUCAUAUGUCUUUUUGCAAGACAGUUAGGAACAGUAUGUACAGUAUAUAAUUGCUAAAUGAUUUAAGUAUGACACUUGCAUUUGCUGAUGCUUAAUGAGACCCUAUUAUCUGCUCUUUGCUCCUAUUACUUCAUAGCCUUUUUAAUCUAUCGAGUAUUACAGCAGUACAGUGUUCUAUUUUUACAUCAAAACACAUUGGAUUGAUUUUAGGGCAUAAAAGAUACGCAUUGCAAUGCAUUUUGGAAUUUGUACAGUCACUGAAAGAAAAACUUUAAAAUAAGAGAAAAUAUUCCAGAAAACACAGGGCAAAAUACAUUCAGUGCCUUUAUACAAUAUGCAUUCCAUAAUGCGCUGUACCUCUAAAUCAGUUGGUGCAGUAAACUGUGAUUAGCGGACUACUGUCAUUGCCAAAUAAAAUGAAAAUGUGCAGAAAAAAAAAAGUGUUGUGAAACUGUUGUGCUAAAAACGGAAGGUUUUAAAUCACACAAAGAAGAGUAUGAUUUUUUUCCUUUUAAAAAUAAAAUAAAUGCUUUCUAGACAGUUACAGCACAACAUGUUUUCAUGGCCUUAGGAGAUUUAAAAAAAAAAAAAAAAACCACAACAAAAUACAACCAGAAUUAAAUUAUUUACUAAUAUAGCAAGGUAUAAGCUCUUGUAAAAUAAACGAAUCGUUAAAAAACCAAACCAGCCGAGUCCAGCAGCGCGACCGCAUUUCCCUCUGUGUCCCGGCCUGCUGGGUGUGACAGCUCUGUCACUAUCUGCACCCGGAGCAGGGGGGGUCACCGCUCGCAGCCACAGAACCCCAUCUGACAAGUGCUAAUACGGUUGUAGUGGUAAAGGAUUGCCAUUAUCCGUUAUGAAAUUAUUUUCUCGCAUACUAUAUCAAUCAAAUGUUUACCUCCAAAUAUAAAUUUUUAUAACAACCUAUGGUUGAAGGAAUGCUCAGUUUCAUUUGCCAAUAAAUUGGUUUUUCAUAACUUGCAUCAAGUUUAAUUUUAAGUAAGCUUUUUAUAUGUAGAUAUUUUGUUGAAUUUGUAAAUACACUUAAAGCGUAGAUGCUAUAUGCUUCUAGGUGUUACAGACAAAUAAAACAAGAAAGCUUAUGUUGUACUGUGUAAGAAGUACUAUAGCCAAUGGUAUGCAUGGUAUUUUAAAGCAUCUACUUCAAUUUCUUUUUUUUCUUUUUUUUUUUUUGGCUGUGAAGACGAAAUAGUGAACUGUUCUGCUUAUUUACUGCAGAUUCCUAAUUGAACCAUUCAGAGUUGUUGCCAGUGCAUUGCAUUAGUCCACAGUACACCUUGCAGCUUUCAUGUAUAUAUUUUAGGUAGAGCACAACUGAAAUAAUCACAGCUGUGAGCUUGCUGUAAGAAGCUUCUUUUGCACCUUUGAGCUUUCCAUUCAUCAGUUUUCUUAAUGGGAACCGAAAUAAGAAAUGAAUUCUACAAACACGACUACAAAGCACAAAGAGAACUUUUCUUAAUAAGAUUUGCCAAUGGUUUUGGUAAAAGAGAAAUAUAAUUUUACUCUUAUUUAAUUGUAGAUGCUGAAUUAUCUGUGCAUGUGGGGGUAAACAUACAGGCUCACUUCUGUAAUAGUGCAACAGAUUUUGUAUUAAAAAUAAAUGUGGUUUUAAAAUUUCACUGUUUGUUCUGUUUACACUAAAAAUUGCAUCUGAUUCACCAUGUAAUUAAGGAUUCAAAGCAGAAAAAAGCCUGAAACAACGCUGGCAGAAGUUCCCAUGGUGUUACGGGACUUUAUGUUCUGCAACCAAGUUGGUGGCAGAAAGUUGCGUAUCUUUUCGUGCUACCAUUUGAAAAAAUGUGCACUUGUCUGACUAUUUCCUGUUGAAAUCUCCUGCUUAUUUACAUGUUGCUUCCAUAGAUGCUUUAUUUAGUUGUAUUUCUGCAAAGAAAAAAAAAUGAAACAGUCAUGUUCCAUACCUGCAAGAGUGAAUAAGAGAAAAUAAGAAUGUUUAUUCCGAGUUAAGAGCCUUCAGGUAGGAUCCCAAAUCAGGAUUUUGUGUCCUGAAUGAAUUACCUGACAUAAAAAUUCUGGGUGCUUGUUUUAAACACUACAUGAAGUGAGGGAAUUUUAAAUAACAUCUUUUACAGUACGCAAAAUCCAUUGCAAUGCUCUUUUCAUAUCUUGUCUAUUCUGUGUAUGAACGGAAACAGACUGGGCAGGAGGGGCCGCUGCUCUGCAGAGGAGAGCCAUGGCUUCCAAGAGGUCCAGAUGCUUCGGGAGGUACCUCAGAAAGUUGGUGUUUGGCCUUGAUGCUGCAAAGAGGGAUUUUAUCGCUGAGUCGGAAGCCAUUCUGUCAGCCCUCCGAGCCACUGGUGUGCGACUGGGAACCCCUGGCUAUUCCAGCUUCUCUCAUCUGCAGAGUCUCAGUUCUGGCACCUUCAGUUACUGGCCUACCUAUUUUUUUCUGUCCAGGUACCUGUUGAUUUUUCCAGCAAUAUGCGUUGACUGGGAGAUAUGAAAUACAGCUGUUUCUGUUUUGAUUAAAGAAUAAUUCCUGAAAAGAGGAGUCUGAGUUCCCUGGGCUUUGUUGGGACAAAAAGAUGGCAGACGAUAACCAUUUUUGGAGACACACGUACGUUCUUUGUGCAUGUUCCCCAAAGUGUACUGAUACGUAUAGUUGCUAAAUUUUCCUUUGAGUGAUAUACCUUUGCUUUUGGUUUUAUUCUCACUGAAGUGAUUGUAUAAACCCAGAGGGAAUUAAAGAGGAUACCCCAACAGUAA